GGGUCGGGACCCCCAAAAAUGGAUCGGGACCCCCAGAAAGGGACCGGGACCCCCAGAAAGAGCCAGGACCCCUCCCCAAAAAGGGACCGGGACCCCCAAAAAGGGACCGGGACCCCCCAGGAUGGAGCCCCCGACCUGCGGCAACCCCGGAGAGUGGCACCGGCCCCCCCGGGACUGGCGCUCGCUGCUGCCCGAGCUGGCCCAGAUGGUGCCCUGGCCCCGCGGCGGGGGAGGGGCGCGCUCCGAGGUGCAGGUGCUGCAGAACGUUCUGGGUUACCUGGAGUUCCUGCAGGAGCGCGUGCGGGCGGCGCGGGCGGCCGCGGGCCUCCCCCCCUGUGGGGACACCUCGGAGCCGCCCCCCCCCCAGCCUUGGGGACACCGAGCCCAGGGAGGAGGAAGAGGAGGAGGAGGAAGAGGAGGAGGAGGAGGAGGAGGGGGACACCAGUCCCUGGCUCUGCCAAACUGGGCCGGACUGGGAGCCCCCCCUGAGCCCCCCCCAGCCCCGGGGGGGGGGUCCUGGGGCUCAGCCCCUCCCUCUUCACCCCCCCCGAGCCCCCCGAGCCCCCCGAGGGCGUCGUCAGAGGACCCGGCGGGCUCCGGUGGCCCCGAGGGGACCCGGGGGGGGACCCGCGGCCGAGGACAGGGACAGGGACGGGGACAGGGACGGGGACAGGGACAGGGACAGGGACAGGGACAGGGACAGGGACGUCCCCGCAAGCGCAAGUGCGUCAACGGCUUCAUCAUGUUCUGCCGCGUGAACCGCCGCGAGUACAUGAGCGCCAUCCCCGGCCUCACCUCCACGGCGGCCACGCGGGACCUGGCCCAGCUCUGGCGCAGCCUCAGCCCCGAGGAGCGCCGCCCCUACUGCCGGCGCGCGCGGCGCUUCAGCCUCCAGCACGACCGGAUGUACUGGUUUAUACUGGUCCAUACUGGUUUAUACUGGCCCAUACGGGUUUAUACUGGUCCAUACUGGUCCAUACUGGUCCGUACUGGUCUAUACUGGUCCCGCAGCCGGCGCGUGCGGUGCUUCAGCCUCCAGCACGACCGGCUCUGGCGCGCGCGGCGCUUCAGCCUCCAGCACGACCGGAUGUACUGGUUUAUACUGCCGGCGCGCGCGCGGCGCUUCAGCCUCCAGCACGACCGGAUGGUGCGGCCGGACCGGGGCAGCGACGGCGACGGCGACAGCGACGGCGACAGCGCCGGCCGCGCCCCUGCGCCUGCUGCUGGCGGCGCACGCGCGGCCCGGGGCCGGCCUGGUGCUGUCCCUGUCCCGGGUGUUGUCACCGUCCCGGGUGUUGUCACCGUCGUGUCCCGACAGCGCGGCCGGUGA